CCUGAUCAGUCGUGACUCGUGAGGCUCCGAGAUGUCGCCGCGGCGGCCGCACAUCCUGGUGCUCACGUUCCCGCUCCAGGGCCACAUCGCGCCCGCUCUCCGCCUCGCCAGGCGGCUGCUGGCCGCCGCGCCCGACGUGCUUGUCACGUUCUCCACCGCCGGGGCCGCGCACAGGCUCAUGUUCCCGGCCAGGCCGACGGAGCAGGGAGGGGGCGGCGCCGAGGACGACGCGCGCCUCGAGUUCCUCCCGUUCUCCGACGGCACGGAGGCCGGGGACUUCCGGAGCAGCAGCGCCGACGCCGACGCCGGGUUGUUCAACGCCAAGAUGGCGUCCUUCCACGCCGCGGGCGCGCGCGGCGUCGCGGGGGUCCUGGACGCGCUCGCGGCGCGGGGCCGCCCGGUCACCCGCGUCGUGUACACGCUCCUGCUCCCGUGGGCGGCCGGCGUCGCGCGGGACCGCGGCGUCCCGUCCGCGCUCUACUGGAUCCAGCCGGCCGCCGUGUUCGCCAUCUACCACCACUACUUCCACGGCCACGCCGCCGGCGUCGUCGCCGAGCACCGCCACGACCCGUCGUUCGUCAUGGAGCUCCCGGGCCUGUCGCCUCAAACGAUCGGCGACCUGCCGUCCUACCUCACCGACUCCACCGACCCUUCCGAUGCCUUUCACAGCAUCUUCACCACGAUCCGCGACCUGAUCGAAUCGCUUGGCAAGGAAAGGCCCAGGGCCACCGUCCUUGUCAACACGUGCCAAGAGCUCGAGGUGGGCGCCCUCGCUGCUGUGGGAGCGCACGACGUGCUCCCUGUCGGCCCCGUGCUCCCGUCCGGCGACGACGAGGCCGGCAUCUUCGAGCACGACGACGCCAAAUACAUGGAGUGGCUCGACGCCCAGCCGUCGAGCUCCGUGGUAUACGUCUCCUUCGGAAGCGUGUCCACGAUGGCGCGAGAGCUGCUGGACGAACUGCUCCGUGGCCUCGAGGAGAGCGGGAGGCCGUAUCUGUGCGUCGUCCGGAAGGACAUCAAGGCCGCGCUCGGGGAGGCCGAGGCGGCGGAGAUGGUGGGCGAUCGCCUCAGGAACGGCGUCGUGGUGGAGUGGUGCGACCAGGCGCGGGUGCUGUCGCACGCGGCGGUGGGAUGCUUCGUGACGCACUGCGGCUGGAACUCGGUGCUGGAGAGCGUGGCGAGCGGCGUGCCCAUGGUUUGCGUGCCCCGGGUGUCUGACCAGCGCAUGAACGCGCAGCUCGUCGUGCGCGAGUGGCGCGCCGGCGUGCGCGCGCGGGUGGACGGCGGCGGCGUGCUGCGGGCGGCGGAGGUGCGGCGUUGCGUCGAUGAGGUGAUGGGGAGCUCGGAGGCCGCGGCGGAGGUGCGGCGCAUGGCGGGGGAGUGGAAGCGGGUAGUCGCGGAGGCCACCGGAAAAGGAGGCUCGUCGGAGCGUAAUCUUGCGGCGUUUGUGGAUGGAGCAAGGAGUGACUUCUGAAGAUUUGUGUCAUUUCCGCCAAUGGCAAAGAGCAACGUUCAAUUGUUCAUGGAUUCUUGCAUGGACAUGAGUUGAGUAGUGGCGCUGAACAUGUCCGUCUUCUUCUCUGGCGGCUUGCCUAUGUUCAUGUAGCUAGGAUGGGCGGUCCAGGCGCCGUGAAGGCACCGCACACCUCCAAUAAUAAUGCGUCCAUGAUGGGUUUCCGUCAGAAAACGUGAAACACAUGCUUGUAUGUUCAAGAUGCCUUUUGGAAUUACUUCAUGUAGUACUCACUUGGCAUCACCCUUUAUGAGACAGAUUUAGUGGAUGCUUGUAGGA